AACGUGGACGUGGACGUGGACGUGGACACAUGGACGUGGACGUGGACGUGGACAUGGACUGGACAUGGACGUGGACGUGGACAUGGACGUGGACAUGGACGUGGACUGGACGUGGACAUGGACGUGGACGUGGACAUGGACGUGAACGUGGACAUGGACGUGGACCUGGUCGUGGACGUGGACGAGGACGUGGACCUGGACCAGGACGUGGACGUGGACGUGGACGUGGACAUGGACGGUAGACGUUGA